AGCUGGCUUUGGCAAGUUGAGACGACAAAAUUGAACACACCCCACGGAGCUCGUCUGGUCCGAACUCCGUUGCUCAGCUGCUUGACGUCUCGUGACUCUACGAGGUUCCAAGUGCCGUUACGGUAGUUUUCGGCUUACAUCGAGUCAUGGCCGCAAGAGGAAAGCUCAUUGCUAUUAUAGGGGACGAGGACACCUGUGUUGGAUUUCUUCUCGGAGGAAUUGGGGAGAUCAACAAGCAAAGACAGCCCAACUUCAAAGUAGUCGAUAAGAAUACAAGUGUAUCCGAAAUAGAAGACUGCUUCAAAGGUUUCGUAAAACGCGGAGACAUUGAUAUUAUACUGAUAAAUCAGAACAUUGCCGACAUGAUCAGGCAUGCGAUUGACAACCACACUCAGUCGAUACCAGCAGUUCUGGAAAUACCAUCCAAGGAUCAGCCCUACGACCCAAACAAGGACUCCAUCCUUAGGCGAGCGAAGGGGAUGUUUACAACUGAAGAUUACAAGUAGCAUGUCUUGUUCUUCCCUGUGCUUUCGUGUAAUCAAGAUUCCUUUCCAUUCCAAAGAAAGUGAACCCUCUGGGAAUCUGUUGUAAAUGUAUGUAUUAAAGUAUAA